GUGAUCGGAUAGAGAAUCCCGGGGCGUGGAGAGCUCCACCUCCACCUCCUUCUAUCCUUGCACGGAGCUCAAGCUCUCGCCCGCAUGGCGCUCCUCCGCCUCCAGCACCACUGCUCCCUCCUCCAAAUCUCCACCUCCCACCUCCCAACCCUCCUCAGCCCCCCGCGGAACCCUCGCAGGAGCCAACCCUCGCCGCCCAAUGCGGCCAGGACUCCCAGCCCCUCCAUAAGCCCACCCCCCGCCGCGCCAAUCUUGGCGCGGAAUGCGGCGGCGGCGCCCUGGCGAGGCGAGCUGCUGCUCCUCCUCCCCGCGGCCUGGCCGCUCCCGGCCCUCGCGGCCGAGGCCGACGGCGGCGGCGGGAGCAAGGUGAGCCUCGAGUCCAUCGUGCUGGCCGUCGACGACUUCAACAACCGGAACCCCUUCUUCGUGGCCGGGGUGGUGUUCGUCUGGCUGGUGGUGCUCCCGCUGGCGCAGGAGUACUUCAAGAAGUACAAGGCCGUGGGCGCCCUCGACGCCUUCCGCAAGCUCCGCGACGUGCCGGAGGCGCAGCUGCUGGACAUCAGGCGGGGCAACAGCGUGCGCUUCAUGGCGCCGCCCAACCUCAGGCUCGUCGAGAAGAGCGCCGUGCAGGUGGAGUUCCACGAGGAGGACGAGAAGGGGUUCCUCAGGGAGGUGCUCGCGAGGUUCCCGGACCCGGCCAACACCGUCGUCUGCGUCCUUGACAACUUUGAUGGUAAUUCAAUGAAAGUGGCUGAGCUGCUGUUCAACAAUGGUUUCAAAGAGGCAUAUGCAAUCAAAGGGGGGCUGAGAGGCCCAGAUGGUUGGCAGGCAAUUCAAGAAAACUAUCUUCCACCAUCUGUUCAUGUUUUUCCAAGGGAAAAGAAGAGCAAAACUUUGACGCACACUGAUGUGAGCACUGAAGGAACAGAUGAUCAGCCAGAGGGGAAUGGAGAACUAUUAACUUCUCCUAGCAGCACUUUAGUCAAUACAAGCAAUGGAACCAAGGAUGGUCAUGAAGAACCGAAUGGAAGUACUUUAGCCGCGAAGCAUUCAAGGAGACCAUUAUCACCAUAUGCAAAUUACCCUGACUUGAAACCGCCAUCAUCUCCGACGCCAUCCAAGCCAGGGAGGGCUGAGGGGAAUGUAGAACUAUCAACUUCUACUGGCAGCUCUUUAAUCAAAACAAGCGAUGCAACUAAGGAUAGUCACGGAGAACCGAAUGGAAGUACAUUAGCCACGAAGCAAUCAGGAAGGAGACCAUUAUCACCAUAUGCAAAUUACCCUGACUUGAAACCGCCCUCAUCUCCAACGCCAUCCAAGCCAGGCAGGCCAGAUGAGAAUAAAGAACUACUAACGUCUCCUGGCAACUCUUUAGACAAUACAAGCCAUGCAACCAAGAAUGGUCGUGAAGAACUGAAUGGAACUACUUUAGCCACGAAGAAUCCAAGGAGACCAUUAUCACCAUAUGCAAAGUACCCUGACUUGAAGCCGCCAUCAUCUCCGACGCCAUCCAAGCCAGGGAGGUAGAAGAAGCAAUAUAUAGGGCAAUAGGACGCCGAAGACUUAACGAAGUCAGAGUCGGCCUUUUGCCGAAUAACCAUUUUGUUAUUAUACUUAAAUCCAUGGAUAUAGAGGCGAUUGAUCGGGGCCGCGAUGCGGAAGACCGUUGCUGCUACCAUGAACUAUUGAAUGUAAUAGCAUGGUGAAUUCUUACAUUCUGUGUAAAUUUUGAACUUCUUCCCAGAUUGCUGUUCUUAUUGUCUGUACAUUUAAGUGAAUGUUGCACUACGAAA